AUGGCGGAAGAGGUAUUUGAGUACAUCAAUGAGCGACUAUUCACCGAGGAGAAGCCGGUACUGUUCACAGAUCUGAUUUGCCGCUUCAAAGUAGGCCCGUCGAAGGCCAAAUAUCUGAUGUACAGUUACUACAAGCAAAAUACGUCGACCAAGUUCAAUUGCAUUAUAAUUUGCGUCGGCAAAGACGGAAGCAUCAAGGUGGUAAACGACUUAGACAGCUUUGACGACCAGCAAACACUGGCUGAUUGCUUCAUUUAUGCCCUCAACACGACGGAUAUCUUCACUCCAGUGAGCAUCGCUAGAGACUUGCACGAUUUCUUGCCGAUACGAAACUGCUUUGAUUUGAAAGUCGUGCCGAAAAGGGCUAAGACCCUGGAUGCGGAACCUACCGCAAAGCCCAGCCCGCUACCGACUGCAAGAUCAAGGACGGUUCCCGAGGCCAAAGAGACUACCAGGAAGCCACCAGCGAAGAGCAAGAACACGGGCCUCAGAUCGACAGCGAUCUUGGCGAAGAUGAGGGGCGAACGAGAGCGGAAAGAACGAGAAAGACGUGAGGAACUCCAGAGAAGGAGGCAGGAACAAGUGGAACGAGAAACCAAGAACGAUAAAAAGAGAUCCGCGCAGAUGGCAGAGCUGGACAACCUGUUUGACGACGAAGACGACAUGCCAGACGAGAAGCAACCAAGUGCGACCCCGGAACCAUACACCGCGACCCCAGAGAGGGAAGAAUCGACGCCUCUCGACAAACAAGAGCUCGAAGAGCUGCUCGAAACCACCGCCGACGACUCGCUAAUGCAUACCAAGAACGCUGAGGAGCAAGACACGCCCGAGACACGGCCGGGCGCCGAUUCCUCGUACGUCGACGAAGAUGGCUACACGGUAACGAAUCGCGCUGCCACCUCAACACCGCCGCAGAAACCUGCACACAAAAGGCCGUCGACCGCUUCGAAACCUGACGUCCCAGCGAAGAGGGCGGCCGCCAAGGGCAAGACAACCCAGGGAACGCUGGAGAGCUUCUUCCAGAAGAGAUGA